GUCUUGGAUGUCUAUGAAAUUACUUCCGGAACGGAUAGGCAACGAAAGGGGGAAGACAAAGACGGUGACACCUCGGCGAAAGUGACGCGAUUCCCAUGAGGCGGCCGGCCUUGCAGGCCUUUUCUUUCCUGACCUUCCUUUUGCCUCUCAGUGAGUAGAGGCUAAAUGGAGGAUUAUACAAUAGACGGAUAUUUAGACGGCCAAAGAAUACCUCUACUGUAAUUCUCUUCUAACGAGGGCCCUUUUAAUUUCCUUAAGUGAAUUAGCUAUAUAUACUGUAUAGAGAGCCUUUUUUCUGUGGCAGUUCUUUAUGGAUGGUCUGUAAAAAUGUUGCGGGAUACAAGGAGGCUGGUGCUGGCUCCCCUCAAUGUGGUGUGUUUAUAUAGCAAGUGUAUGUACUGCAGAAAAGUCAGACUUGUAGCAGUAAAAUGUGUUAAAGGCAGUUUGAAUCUUCAAAGAAAUUACAGUUUUCCAGCAGAUGAAUUAAAAUCUUUACGGUCUAUAAUCAAUCCACCACUGUCUAAAAUCCGCAACAUUGGCAUCAUGGCUCACAUAGAUGCAGGAAAAACAACUACCACAGAGAGGAUGCUGUAUUAUUCUGGCUAUAUAAGAACUCUUGGAGAUGUUGACGAUGGAGAUACUGUAACAGACUUCAUGGCCCAAGAGCGAGAACGUGGCAUCACCAUUCAAUCAGCUGCAGUAACCUUUGACUGGAAGGGCCACAGAAUUAACCUAAUAGACACACCAGGUCAUGUGGACUUUACAGUGGAGGUGGAACGUUCUUUAAGAGUACUGGAUGGGGCAGUGGCUGUGUUUGAUGCUUCAGCUGGUGUGGAGGCACAAUCGUUGACAGUAUGGAGACAGGCAGACAAACACCACGUACCACGGAUAUGUUUUUUGAACAAAAUGGACAAAAAUGGAGCAAGUUUUACCCUUGCAGUUGAGAGCAUCAAGCAAAAACUGAAGGCUAAACCCCUGCUUGUACAGUUGCCAGUUGGAGAAGAAAAGACCUUUAGGGGAAUAGUUGAUGUGGUUACCCAACAUCAGAUUGUUUGGAAAUCUACAACGGAUUUGAAUGAUGGGAAGAUCUUUGAGCUGAAAUCCUUGAAAGAAAUUAAUGACCCUGAGCUGUUAAGGAAUGCCACUGAUGCAAGGAAUGCCUUAAUAGAACAAGUUGCAGAUCUGGAUGAUGAAUUUGCUGAAUUAGUCCUUGGGGAUUUCAGUGAGAAUUUUGAUUCAUUACCUGCUGAUGAGCUUCAUUCUGCUAUACGAAGAGUAACCCUGGCCCAGAAAGCAGUUCCUGUGCUUUGUGGAAGUGCAUUGAAAAAUAAAGGUGUUCAGCCAUUAUUGGAUGCAGUCACCAGAUAUCUGCCUGCCCCAGAUGAAUGCAGCUACGAUUUUCUGGAAUGGUAUAAAGAUGAUUUGUGUGCUCUGGCAUUUAAAGUACUUCAUGACAAGCAGCGUGGUCCGCUAGUCUUUUUGCGGAUUUACUCUGGAAAAAUGAAGCCUCAGUCGGCUGUCUAUAAUAUCAACAAAAAUUGCACAGAGAGAAUGAGCCGCUUGCUUCUGCCAUUCGCUGAUCAGCAAAUAGAAAUCUCUUCAGCAACAGCUGGCAACAUUGUCCUGACUGUUGGGUUGAAACAGAGUGCCACUGGAGACACCAUUGUUUCAUCAAAAGCUUCUGCAGUGGCUGCAGCUCGUCAGGCGGGAAGGAAUGUGGGGUCACCGCACGGCCGAGGUGGAGAAGCGCAGAACCUUCUCUUGGCUGGCAUCGAGGUUCCAGAGCCGGUCUUUUUCUGCACCAUAGAGCCACCUUCCAUGGCCACGCAACCAGAUCUGGAUAACGCCCUAUCUUCUCUGCAGCGGGAGGAUCCAAGUCUGAAAGUCAGGAUAGAUGCUGACACUGGGCAGACUAUUCUUUGUGGAAUGGGUGAAUUGCAUAUUGAGAUUAUUCAUGAUCGAAUCAAACGUGAAUAUGGACUUGAGACCUAUCUUGGUCCUCUUCAGAUAGCUUACCGAGAAACGAUCCAAAAGUCGAUUUGGGCUGUAGACACACUGGACAGGACCAUAGGAGAAAAACGACACCAAGUGACCAUAGAACUAGGAGCGAGACCAUGGGAGGGGGAAGUGCCAGCAACAGCACCAGUGAUUGAAUAUGCUGAAAGCAUCUCUGAUUCACUUCUGCCAGAGCUUCGUGAAGCUAUAGACACUGGAAUUAUUAACUCUUGUCUUCAAGGGCCACUUCUGGGGUUCCCAGUUCAAGAUGUAAUAGUGACAGUACAUGCAGUGGCCACAAAUGUUGAUGCAUCACCGACAAUGGUUUCUGCUUGUGCUUCUCGCUGUAUGCAAAAGGCUUUAAAGAAAGCUGAUAAACAAGUGUUGGAGCCUCUCAUGAACAUGGAAGUAACAGUGGGGGAAGACCACCUUGGUGCAGUCCUUGCUGACCUUGCACAGAGAAGGGGCAGCAUUCAGGAGAUUCAGAGUCGCCAAGAUAACAAAGUUGUGAUUGCAUCUGUUCCACUGGCAGAAAUGAUGGGGUAUUCAACACAUUUGCGGUCCUUGACCUCAGGCACUGCUACAUUUACUUUGGAACUGGCAAGUUACCAAGCAAUGAGCCUCCCUGAGCAGAUGGCUCUGCUUCAUAAGAGGAGUGGGUUGGUAUAACACUCCGGAUGAACAAAGGCAUGUUUUUAUCAUGGGAAGAAAAAACUGCUGUGAGAUAAUUUUGCAUGUGGUCACAACUGCAAAUCUACUGCCAUGCUCAGUGGAUGUGUUUUGAGAUUUAUAAUUAUUUCCAUCUUGGAAAACAUGCACCAAUUCUGAAUGUUGUGAUGAGGACAGAUUAUUCCAUUACCAGAAUAAAACCAAAAAUCACAUCCAUAUCCCUUAUGAACAAUCACUUCUUAAGCCACCUAGUCUUUUCCUUAAUGUAGAUCUAUCCUGGAAUAGAUUUGUGGCUUUCCUAUUAAGAUAGUUUGGCCACAUCAGAAGAGCUGUGGUAUGUUUACAAUUUUCCAUAUUCAAGGCACAAAAUAAAUGCUUUUUGUUGCUUAUUGAAAGGAAAUGGCUGCCCUGACUCAAUAAGAUUCUGUGUCCCAUGUUUUUUUUUAAACUAUUGAUUUUAAUUUCUCUAAAAAAAACCCAAUAACAUUUAUUUUGAAACAUUUAAAAGAAAAGAAUGUUGCCUACAUCUGGAAUGCCAGAAUUUCAAAAUGACAUUGUUUCAGUGCAACUGUUUACAAAGUGGCAGGCUUCCUUCCCAAAAAGGCACAAUGGGUAUCUUUAUAUCUGGGGUCUGUUAUGAAUCUCUUCUUUCAUGGCUGCAGUAUCCAACGAACAAAGGCUGGGCUGCUAUUCCACGCCUGCGGGGAAGAGAAGGGUGUGAAUUAAUCCAUCUUAAACAUUUAAUAUCAUACUAAGUUUCCCUGAACUGUUUUAUGAAAUAAGACUGCUUCUAGGCAUCUAAUUUCAAAGUAACAAUGGAAAGGGCUUGGUAAGUCAUCUGUUGCAAUUAUGCUCUAAUACUAAAUAAAGCCUUUUUUAAAUUGA